AUGUUGGAUGCGACGAACACCCCAGCGUCCGCUCCAGCGGACUCCCAGACGAACCCGCCGACAACCCCAGGCGCAACAACAGCUCAGCAACAGCGCAUGCGAUCUCGCGCGAAGAAGGCAUGUAAGACAUGCAAUUCCCGCCGAGUGAAAUGCAAUGUUAUGGAGGAGCAGCCGUGCAAGAAUUGCAGAACUGCGAGUAUACCGUGCGAGUUGAUGAAGUCGAGGCGCGGAAAAUAUGAACGACAUCCUAAACAUACCCGCUCGGGUCAGUCGAAUAAUAAUAGUUCUGGGGCUGGCACAACUAAAGCCAACGGAUCCUUGCCAUUCGAAGCGGCCGCGAGUGAAACGAAACACGACCAUGCUACUUAUACCAGCCCGAGUAUGAGUAUGAAUGCACCGGGCAAACACAAAGAAGAGACCGCCGCAUCCCCCAUUUUCCAUAUCACUCCUCCCUCACCUGGAUCAACCCAGGGAGCUUUGAACGGCGCAGAUGGUGCCGACACCGUCUUCCUAGGAGAAUCCAAUUCCAUAUCCCUCGUUCAUACCGCGCAGAGUUCAGCAGCCGCCAGCCAUCAUUCUCCAACCGAUAAGCUUCGAUAUCCUAUACCAGCCGCGGUGAGCUCGAAGACAUCUACACUGCCUUUUGAGAGUCGCCGAAAAGCGGCCAGGAUCGACUAUCUCACGCAAGAUGGCGCAUUCUCAUUCCCCUCGAAUGAUGUCUGCGAAGUUCUGUUUGAAGCCUACUUCUCCUGGUUCCAUCCCUGCUUCCCAGUACUAGAUCGAUACCAGUUUUUCAACUCCUACAUCACAAACACGCUUUCCCCCAUCUUAUUCCAAGCUGUGCUUUUCGUUGGCGCUAGUCACUGCAAUGGGGCGGUUAUGAGGAACAUGGGUUACUCGGAUCGUCAAGAAGCUCGAAAUACUCUGUACAAUCGUGCCAAAGAUAUUUAUGAUGCAGAUUAUGAGACGGAUAAAAUUACCGUCUCCCAGGCACUGUUUCUAAUGAGCUUUUGGCGAGCAGGUCCCCUUUUAGAAAAAGAUACCCGGCACUGGCUCGGUGCUGCUAUUAGUCUUGCACAGACGAAGGGGAUGCAUCGCUCAUCCUCAAGUACUAGCUUUGCUAAUGGAAAAUUGCGGAAGAGAAUUUGGUGGUCGUUAUAUGUACGGGAUCGUCAGUGCUCGGCAGCACUAGGACUUCCCACGCGUAUCCGAGAUGAAGAUUGCGAUAUCGAGAUGCUAGAUCCUUCGGAUUUCGAGGAGGAAGAUCAUUCGGCGUACCCUAGAUUUUUAGGGACUCAAAAGAGAGAGCAUAUUCUUUACGCUAUACAAAUGGCAAAACUAGCCGUUUAUCGUUGGUUUCCCCGUGCGGUUUCUCUAUUGAUGAAUUCUAACAGGUUUGCAGUUGGAAAAGUAGUGCUACGAGAAUUUACUCCUAUAAAAGCGCCCGAACCAGACUCCGAGAGGUCGAAGCUUAAGGAUAAUCUUAUUAACUGGGAAUCCGAACUCUCGCCUGAGAUGAGAGCCUCCGCCACUGCCAGUUCCUUUUGGGCCAGCAUGCUGCAUCUAUCAUAUAAUAACUUGUAUAUACUCCUGUAUCGAUCUGCAUACCUUAGAUCGGAGAGGACUCCCCAGGAGGAUCUUGGGGAUAUUGCGCUGCAGGCCGCAUGUAGAAAUACUCGCAUCAUUGAAGAUGUCCUGUCACAAGACUUAGUUCAGCACAGCAACGUACACGUAACCACGAGUCUCUUCAACUCGCUUUGCAUCCACACAAUCUGCCUCCGGCGAUCCAAAGAUACUGCUCGCAAACUCGCCGAAUACCGCGCCCAACUCUGCCUCCUCGGUUUGCGCGAGCUCCAAAAGACAUGGGACGUCACAAACUGGGUCCUCCAGCUCUUCUUCCAAUUCCUCGAUCAGACCACUGCCAAGAAGCUUCUCCUCGCCGCGGAUAACGAAGACCCCGUAACCCAACACCAAUCUACGACCGGCACUCCGCGAGCCACCACUUUGGAAGAAGGAGCCGAUCCUAUAUCGUUAGAUUUCGACCAGAGCCAGCUAUUGUCCGCGCAGGGAUACGCGGUAGGGAAGAGCGAAGAGCUAGCGAGGAAUAGUUUCAACCUAGAUUUUGCAAGUCACCUCUUCGGGACUAAGGAAGCGGAGGAUUUCUCCAUGUUCCAGCUGCAGCCAGAUUUGUUCAGUGGGGAUGUCUUUGGUGGGGGUUUAGACCAGUAUUAUCAUUCUGUACUUCCGAGGAGCGAUGGCAUGGGGGAGGAUAAUCAGUUUCGGUGA